AUGAGUGUUUCUGCAUUGCCUUCAGCAUAUUCAAACACCACGCAGCAGGUAGACUACAGCUUCAAGGACCUGCACCUGCCAUAUUAUCCCCCAAAUGCCGACUGUCAAGACUACAUGAUACCCGUCGCUGUGGUAUGGGACAAACUCCAAUUCAAUGGUACCAAGUUUCAGAACGAUUACGACCUCGAAGACUUCCUAUCUGUGGCUACUACCAGAGAGCCAGGCCCAAAUUACCCCAGCCCGCUUGGGCCCAUCACCAAAGUCAACACAACAUAUCAGAUUGCUGCGUCCUUCUGCAGUCCCAAGGUGUCAUCACCGAAAGAAAAGACUGUGAUCGUAGCCACCCAUGGCAUCGCGCUGGCUAGACAGCACUGGAACUCCGCCUACCGACCAGACGACUACAAUUUUGUACAGCACGCAGUCUCUAAAGGUUACUCAGUCUUCUUCUACGACCGUGUAGGAUGCGGAGCAUCCCAGAAAAUCUCUGGCUACGAAGCGCAAAUUAAUACCGCAAUCUCCGUGCUCCAAUCCCUUACUCGUCUUGUCAAGUCGGGCGCCUAUACCGGCCGCAUCGGCGUCCCCAGCAAAGUCGCCUUGAUGGGCUUCUCUUUCGGCUCUUACACCACCCAUGGCGCAGUCUCCCUAUCUCCAGACCUCGCCGACGCCGUCAUUCUUACCGCCAUCGGCUUCAACAAAACCGGUCUCAAUGUCAAUGGUCUGGUACGGAGCUACGCGAACCGAAUCGCCGCCCAGCAGUCCCCCGCCACCUACGGCGAUAGGGACACUGGCUAUCUAACCUGGGUCGACAAAUACGCACAAAUUAUGAAUUACUUAAAAGCCCCCAACUACGACACCACAGCCAUCGAGUACGCCGAGGCAGGCAAGGAGCCAUACGCAGUGACUGAGUUUUUGACGCUAUUGAGCGGCCCGCAGAAUGUCGAUGGCUACAAAGGCCCAGCGCUGCAUCUAACGGGCGAAGACGAUUACAUCUUCUGCGACGGUUACUGUCCUGGUAUCUUCGAGGAACCAGCUAAGACGAUAUAUAAGAAUGCAAAAUUAGAGCUCGCGUUGCAUCCGGGUGCGAGCCAUAACUUGAAUUUCCACAAGAAUGCCACCGGCGCGUAUGAGGUGAUCACGGGGUUUUUGGAAAGGAGUGGCUUGUGA